CUCGGCCCGUGGUAUGGCUACGCUACGCUGCUUGCCAUCUGCCUGCCCUUCUACUUCGCCCACUGGGAAGAGUACUAUUCCGGGUCGCUCGUCUUGGGCAAGUGGAACGGUCCCACCGAAGCUCAGGUCCUGAGCAUGGCGGUCUACGUCGGAACCGGCAUUGCUCGGUGCUACGGCUUUGAUUUCUGGUCGAUCAACCUCUUCGGGGAGAUCAGCAUCGGCAAAGCCCUGGCCAUCAGCUUCUACAUCGGCGCCGUGCUCACCUGUGCCACCCACCCUGACCGGUCUGGGUUGUCUGCCGACAGCAUCGGUAAGGUGGUCGGAAUGCUUAAGCACCGACCCGGCGCUAUCAUCAAGGCGCUUCUCCAGCUCACGCCCAUUACCGUCGUCGUCGGCCUCGGCAGCCUGUGGAUCGGCCUCUCCUGGGAGCUGUUCGUCGCCCACCCGCGCACGAUCAUGAUGUCCUGCGCCAUGGCCUUUGUCUACCUCGUGACUCGUCUGAUCGUCCAGCGCAUCUGCUCUGAGCCGAUCCGUAUCUUCUACGUUAUCGAGGUCCCCUUCUUUGUUUUGUCGUUCAACGCGGUUUGGACGCGCUGGUUCAUGAUGUACGUAGAGCAGCCUCUUGGAGAAGAUGAAGAUGAGAAGAUGCUGUAUCACGGCUCACACCGGCGAUGA